CAAGCCCUGCUCACCUACGGAGAGGAUGAGGGCAUGGCGGAUGCCCUGGAUGCUUUGCAGCGCGCCUUGUCCUGCUGUGGUGUGGAGAGCUACCGUGACUGGCUCACCUCGCCCUGGGGACUGGAAGAGAACGGCUCCGGGUGCUGCCGGACCCGCCGGGGCUGCCAGCGCAGCCCACCCAACGCACGUGGGCUGCACCGCGAUGGUUGCUUCAGCAAGGUGUCGGCCUUUGUCAGCAGCAACAUGUUUUACGUUGCCACGGCUGCCCUGGGGCUGGCACUGCUGCAGCUCAUCGGCAUUGUGCUGGCCUGCCUGCUGGCUGCCCGCAUCCCUACCCACCUCCUGGGCAUCGCCACCCCAUGCUGA